AUGGAGCCUGGAUUAAUUGAAGAAAUCAAAGGGUUUGCACUGCUGUUUGUGGGAAGUUGUGUGCUUGCACAGAUGCUUACUCGCUCUCAAUCAUGUCCUUUUUGCCGAGACAGUCUCAAGAGAGUCAACUCAGGUGAUCUUUGGAUCUACACCAGCAACAAUGAGGUCAUUGACUUGUCUUCAAUCACUAGACAGAAUUUGAAGAGACUGUUCAUGUACAUUGAUAAGUUGCUUCUCAUUGUUCCUGAUCCAGUGUUUGUUCCUUACGACCCCCGUUACAGGCAAGUAGAAGUUAAAAUUCGUGAUGAAGACAGAGAAGAAACAAUAGAGCCAGGAUUACAUCUUCAUACACUUAGGAGCCUAGUACCUGACAAUGCAUCAUUGCUUGCUGAGGUUAUUAGCCACUUGAAGGAGCUGAACAGGAAGCCAGCAGAAGCUGAUGAAGGUCUUCUCAUACCAUUGAAUGUUGAUGAAAACCAGAAAUGGUCUUGUUCAACUUCCCCUUUGAUUUUGGAUAAGGAAAGAGGAGAGCUUGUGCAGGCUGCUGUUAGUGGAGAGAAAAGGGCUUGUGCAAGGUCUGAUUGUGAGAGAUUACAUGAUGGGUUUAUGGUGAAUUCUGGGUUACAAUCCAAAACAAGAAAUGGGUCAUAUUCAACUUCCCCAAUGGUUGUAUGUAAUGAAAGAGGAGAGCUUGUGGAGGCUACUGUUAGAGUGAGAGAAAAGCGGGUUGUGAAGAGAGAAGCAUUGCUUUGCUGA